UUUGCUUACUUAGUAUUUUCCAACCUCUCUCAUUAUUAACGAGUAACCAAACAAUAGAAAAUAUUCUGAAAGACGUGUUUUCUCUCUUUUGUUUCAUUUUUCUCUUCCAGAAGACUUCGAGACAGUGGAAGAAUUGUGGGAGAGCGAGCGCAAGGAAAUGUCGACGGCGUCUUGUCAGAAGCUAUUUGAAUUGGGCACGAAGAUCAUCGGCGUUGGUAGAAACUAUGCCGCUCACGCUAAAGAACUAGGCAACGCUGUACCCAAGUCACCGGUAUUAUUUCUCAAACCGACGUCGUCUUACUUGAAAAAUGGCGGAACAAUCCAAAUCCCACACAACGAGAGUUCUCUCCAUCACGAAGUCGAACUCGCCGUCGUCAUCGGAAAGAAAGCUCGUGAUGUCCCUGAAUCCUCUGCCAUGGAUUACGUUGCCGGUUAUGCACUGGCACUGGAUAUGACUGCCAGGGAUCUUCAAUCUGCUGCUAAGUCUGCAGGUCUUCCGUGGAGUCUGGCAAAAGGCCAAGACACUUUCACACCAAUUAGUCCUAUUUUGCCCAAGACAGCAGUGCCAAACCCUGAUGAUCUAGAAUUAUGGAUAAAGGUAGAUGAAGAAAUUCGGCAGAAGGGCUCAACUAAGGACAUGAUAUUCAAAAUUCCAUUUUUGAUUAGCCACAUUAGCUCGUUCAUGACAUUGUUUGAAGGAGAUGUCAUUCUAACUGGCACUCCCCCAGGUGUUGGCCCUGUGAAAGAAGGUCAAAAAAUUACUGCAGGAAUUACAGGCCUUGUGGAUGUGGAGUUUAAUGUUGAAAAAAGAAAAAGUUCUGGAAACUAAUCAUAUAUGGGUAUCUCUUGCCAAGCAGGAACAAAAGAGGAGUACACCAUAAAACUCCUUAUUUGCAGUCUGAGUCUGUACAAUAUUAAUCAGUUUGUUUUCUAUUCCUAGAACUAGAAUCUGGAUCUCAGUGGAAGUACCAAUUUAAGCAAUUUUAAGCACCAUGAAAAUGAUGAUAACUAUUUGUUACCGUGAAAAAUAAUUAUUAUUAUGAGCUCAAUAAGACACCACCUGAUUUAUGAUGA